AUGGACAUGCAGUCUAAUAUGGAACUAGCACAGAUGGAGCAACGCAUACAAGUGCUAGAAAGACAGAUCUCGAUGUACGAAAGACUAUUUCAAACGUUUAGUGCUAAGCUUGACCAUCACUUCAAGAAAUACGACUUGGUGAUCAAUGGUCAGCAGCAGCAAAUUAAGGCCCUUACGGAUGUCUUGAGUACUAUGCUAAACGACCAGUGUCGCUCCGCUGGGAUCCUACGAGAUAAGUUGGGAGGUGCGCUGGACGGGAUAGUCACAACAUCCGCAUCGAUAAGGACAAUGCAGUCAACUGGCAGAGGUAACUCAGGUUCCACGCCAGAAACUAGUGGAAAUGGGUCAAAUAAGACCAACAAUAACCAUAACCCAUCGGGUUCUCUACCGCAUGACACUCGACAAAAUAGUGGCGAUGCUAAUAUGACAAAUGUGGACGCCCUCCUGGGGAACUUCAUACCACCUCACGUGUCUUCAGAUCCACCUUUGGAUAUAAAUGCUGUCACAGACCAUCAUAACAACUCAUCGCCAUCUGAGCAGGCCGUACCUGGCCAUGCUGAGGAGCAGGCGGACGAAAACCUCAAAGAAGAACAAUACUACACUCAUAAAGGACGGAGGAAGAAACGCAAGGUAUAUAUUAGAAAGUUCGAGUUUCAUAACUCACCACAGUCAGUCAUGGACAUAUGGAAAGAAUAUACAGAGGGUCACAACGGUCAACCGUCUAUUAAGGAUAUGGAACUUAUGUACCAGACCUCCUGGCGCCGCGAUCCUGCGGUCAAUAAGCGAUUUCAUAGACGAAAGGUUUUAUGCAAGGCUAUCGAACGAGGUCUUGAACGCGGCUACGAUCUACACGAUGUGAUACGUCUGCUCGAAGACACUCGAGUCGUCGACGCCUCGACCAACCUCAAACAGCCCAUAGGGUGGUUAUGUCAAGGAAGUAACAUCCCGGAUCUGCUUAAAUAA